UUGCCAGAGAGCGCGCAUAGCUUUUGCAUCCAUGCGUGAUGGCCACGGACGCGUCCAGGAGUUUUAAAAUAGGAUGGCUUCACAACUCGGUGCGCAGGGAAAGAUACCUUUUCAGGUAAGGAGCUGAAGCGAUGGGACUCAGAUGGACUGUGGUAACAGACUUGAAGUCUGCUGUUUUUCUUCUUUAAAGCCCGUGGAGCCGCUAGGACAAUCAUAAAAGGACGGAACGCAAAAAUCAAUUAAAAAAAAUCAUGAACUGUUCAUACUCAUGGAGAGAUGGCAUGCGUGCUCCUCUUCGGUCGACUUCUCCCCUUCUCACACCGGCUCAGAGGAACGUCCAUCUGCUUGUUAUCCCUUUUCCUUUCAUAUUUAUUCUACUGCGCUCUAUUCCCUGACGGUGCCAUCAUGCAAACGUCAGGUGAUCCGACGGCCGGCUGUCAGCGAGCAGAUGGAGCCAAAAGGCGCCUUCAGAAAUCCCUUUCCUGCCUUUUACCGUCGGACGCGAGGUUGAGCGCUGUUGAGGCGUCUCGGUUGAAAGCCGACCAAAGACCCCAUUUCGCUCAUCACACCGCCGGGAACGGCACGCCCAGCCCGCCUAUGAGCAAUUUAAAGUUCGGCAAUAAAAAGUUACCAAAUGCCAUCAUAGUCGGUGUGAAAAAGGGAGGCACGAGAGCCGUCCUGGAGUUCAUAAGAAUACAUCCGGAUGUGCGCGCGGCGGGAACCGAAACACACUUCUUCGACAGGAACUAUGACAGAGGCCUGGAGUGGUACAGAGGUUUAAUGCCAAGAACUCUUGAAAGCCAAAUCACAAUGGAGAAGACACCGAGCUACUUUGUGACAAAAGAGACACCACACCGGAUUUCUACCAUGUCCCAAGACACCAAGCUCAUAGUGGUGGUGCGAGACCCCGUCACUCGAGCAAUAUCGGACUACACUCAGACGUUAUCCAAAACGCCGGACCUGCCGAGCUUCCAGGACCUGGCCUUCAGGAAUCAGAGCCUGGGAAUCGUUGACAUGUCCUGGAACGCCAUUCGGAUCGGCUUGUAUGCUUUGCACCUUGAAAACUGGCUCCACUACUUCCCUCUGGCUCAGAUCCAUUUUGUGAGCGGAGAGCGUCUCAUCACAGACCCAGCAGGGGAGAUGGCUCGGGUGCAGGACUUUCUUGGGCUGAAACGCAUCGUCACCGACAAGCACUUCUAUUUCAACCGCACCAAGGGUUUUCCCUGCCUUAAAAAGCCGGAGAGCAGCGGCUCGCCCCGCUGCCUUGGCAAGUCAAAGGGGAGGACUCAUGUGCAGAUAGACCGAGACGCUAUUGAGCAACUGCGAGACUUCUAUCGACCUUAUAAUGUCAAGUUCUAUGAAAUGGUGGGGCACGACUUUAAGUGGGAGUAGAGGUUCGAGAUGUAUGUUUACGUGGUGCUGGAAAAACUUAGCUAUUCCACAAAUGUUCUUUUAAAGCGGUUUGCCUUCAGUAAUGUGUCAAGGCUAAAGUGAAUAGCUAACUAUCAGCAGUCUCUAGACAAUUUCCGAGCGAAGCAGUACUUUCCUUUGAAGUGACUCUAAUGAACAGAGUAAAAUCUAAGACGACAUUGCUUUUGCACUUGUAAUGAUCAGUUACCAGCAUCAGCACCCUGUUUGUUGCCAGAUAUAGGCAUCAUUUUCAGAUUUCCGUUUGUGUUACUGUGUAUUAUUGCUGACUUUAUUGCUGACUGCUUCAUAAAAAAAAGAGAGAAAAUUCGAAGGGAAGGGGAUUAGUUCCUUUUAAAAUCUGCUUGACUAAUCAAAGUAGAGUUUGAAAGCAAGCCCUUGGAAAAUGUCAGUGAAGUCUUCAGGGAGAAGAGAAUUAAGCUGCACCACUGUGGCGGUAAAUCUAAAAUGUAAAGCCAUAAGGCAAGUAUGAACCACCUGAUAUUACUUACUCUUCUUUUUUUUUCAAAAGGUGAAAGAUAUUUUCUUCCAUUUUUUCCGACAUGAAUCAGAUAUGUGCUGUAACGAGCGUUUCACUCUGUACUCCGUGCUUUGUUUCCAAAUCCUGGUUUAUGUUUUUGUUGCAGAAGUAUUUAAUCACUGCGUUAAUCACAAUGCUUGUUCAUAAACUUCAUUAAAUGAAACGGAAGCACAAUUUACGAGAUUAUUAAUUCUGUUGCUUCUAAAACACAUGCUGUACCUUGAUAAAUUGCAUUUUGU